GAUUGAUUCUCCGAAGGUGGUUGUCGCCGUUCCUUUACUUUUUCUUGACAAGUGCUGGACGUGCUUUGCUUUUUGGUCUGAUAUAUACAUACCUAUCUUACCACCUUCUUCACUCUCCUUGGGGAUUCCCAUUUAACGUCUAUCCUUGAUAUCGAUCUGGAGUUGAUCUCCUGUAUACUUUUCCCACUCCUUACCAUAUUUAUAUACCCUUCUCUCAUUCAAACGAGAUACCUGCAAUAUGCAGCUCCUCUCAACACUCCUUCCCAUCCUGGGCCUGUCCCUAUCCCUCUCUCUCCCCACCACAGCCUACGUACUGCAAGACGACUACGGCACCUCAAACGCCUUCUUCGACCAGUUCACCUUCUUCACAGACACCGACCCCACCCACGGGUUCGUGAAGUACAUUGACCGCGGCGCCGCCCAGAACGCCGGCCUGGUCUCCGCCGACGGCGGGUCCGUCUACAUGGGCGUGGAUUUCAAGAACCAAGCCAGCGGGGGGCGCCAGAGCGUGCGCAUCUCUAGUAACAAGAGCUACAACCAUGGCUUGUUCAUCUUGGACUUGCAGCAUAUGCCGGGUGGGAUUUGCGGGACGUGGCCUGCUUACUGGCUCCUCGGCCCCAACUGGCCCAACAACGGCGAAAUCGACAUAAUCGAAGGCGUGCACGAGCAAACCACAAACCUCAUGGCCGCCCACACCUCCGACGGCUGCACAAUUGCCAACACAGGCUUCUCCGGCGCCCUCCAAUCAAGCAACUGCUACGUCUCAGCCCCCAACCAAGCCAGCAACGUCGGCUGCAGCAUCUCCGCCGGGUCCGCGCAGACCUACGGCGCGGGGUUCAACGGCGGCGGUGGCGGCGUCUACGCGACGGAGUGGACGGGCUCCGCGAUCAGUAUCUGGUUUUGGCCGCGCAAUGCGAUCCCGGGGGAUGUUUCGGCGGGGAAUCCCAAUCCGGCGGGGUGGGGGACGCCUGUUGCUAGGUUUGCGGGCGGGUGUGAUGUUGAUGCGAAGUUUAGGGAUAUGCAGAUUGUCUUCGACACAACCUUCUGCGGCGACUGGGCCGGCUCCGUGUGGAACUCGGGAUCGUGCGCCUCUAAGGCAGGCUCUUGCACGGAUUUCGUCGCUAAUAACCCUGGUGCUUUCCGUGAUGCGUAUUGGCGGAUUAAUUCGUUGAAGGUUUAUCGACAGUGAUAUAGAUCAUUUUUGGGUUUAGUAUGCGCCGGGGG